AUGUCGGACACCAAGCCGGCCGCGGAGCAGGGCGCGCCGGUGGCGCCGGUCGGGUCGCGGACGCUGCUGUACGUGCUGACGGCGCUCAGCGCACUCGGCGGCUUCCUGUUCGGCUACGAUACGGGUGUGGUGUCGGGUGCCAUGCUACUCGUGAGGGACGAGCUGGCGCUGGACGACCUCUGGCACGAGCUCAUCGUGUCGGCCACCAUCGGCACCGCCGGCGUGUUGGCGCUGGUCGGCGGCGUGCUCACCGACCGCAUCGGCCGCAAGCCUGUCAUCCUCGCGGCCAGCGGCGUGUUCGUGACCGGCAGCGUCAUCAUGGGCAUCGCCAGCAACCGCGAGGUGCUGCUCGUCGGCCGGCUCGUCGUCGGCGUCGGGCUCGGCCUCUCCAGCAUGUCGGUGCCCAUCUACAUCUCGGAAGCGGCGCCCGCGGCGGUGCGCGGCCGCCUCGUCACCGUGAACGUGGCGUUCGUGACGGGCGGACAGCUGGUGGCGUCGCUAGUGUGCGGCGCGUUCGCCGCCGUGCCGCACGGCUGGCGCUACAUGCUCGGGCUGGCGGCCGUGCCGGCGCUGGUGCAAACGCUUGGCUUCUUGCCGCUGCCCGAGUCUCCGCGCUUUCUGGUGACGAGCGGCCGCGGCGAGCGGGCACGCCGCGUGCUGCUGCGCCUGCGCGGCUCGCCGGCGCAGGCCGACCGUGAGCUGCGCGACAUCCAGCGCGACUGCGACGAAGAGCGCGCUGCGCUCGAGCGCCAGCGCGUCUCCGGCGGCAGCAGCAGCCCGAUGGCGCAGAUGCUGCGUUCAGCCGGCACGCGGCGCGCGCUGGCUGCCGGCUGCUGCCUGCAGGUGUUCCAGCAGCUGGCCGGCAUCAACACCGUCAUGUACUACAGUGCCAGCAUCAUCACACUGGCCGGCGUACGCGACGCCACCACGGCCAUCUGGCUGGCAGCCGCGUUGGCCGCCAUCAACUUCAGCUUCACGUUCGUCAGCAUGGCGCUGGUGGAGAGGCUGGGCCGGCGGUCGCUGACGCUGACCAGCAUGCUGGGCUCGGCGCUCAGCCUUCUGCUUCUGGCUGCCGCCUUCCACGUCAGCUACGAACGGUCGGCGGCCGUCACGCUGCCGCCGGCCGACGUCGGCUGCCGCUUCAGCACGUGCGAUACGUGCGUUGGCGCCCCUGACUGCGGCUUCUGCUUUGUGGACGCGACGGCGGGCGCGGUGAACGGCUCGUGCGUACCGCUCGUGUCGAGCCACAACACGUCGGCGGCGGUCGGCCGCUGCGCCGACCCGUCGGUCCUGGCCACCGGCGGCCUCACCUGGGCGCCCGACUGGUGCCCCUCGCAGUACUCUUGGCUACCGAUCAUGGGCCUCUGCAUCUACCUGGUCUGCUUCGCCUCCGGCAUGGGCCCAAUGCCGUGGACCAUCAACUCGGAGAUCUACCCGCUGUGGGCGCGCGGCACCGGUAACUCGAUCGCCACCGCCUGUAACUGGUUCUUCAACUUGAUCGUGUCGCUCAGCUUUCUCACGCUGACAGACGUGAUGACCAAGCAUGGCACGUUCUACAUGUACUCAGGCCUGACCUUCCUGGGUCUGGGCCUGUUCUACGUCAUGGUGCCCGAGACCAAGGGCGUAAGCCUGGAAAGGAUCGGAGAGCUCUUCGCACGCCCCUGGGGGCUGCACGCUCCCAGGCGAAUGGAGCCGGAACACCCGUCAUUAAGUGGCGACGAUGCUCAACACCCAGACGGCGGGUCCAAAGGCCGUGACAACGCAAGUUAUGUGGCUGAAAACAGCGAUUCAGUGAAAAUGGCCGCGUUUUGAAUGAUCGAGUGAGGUCUGAUGGGAGAGUUAACGUUAUAACUGGGUGUAUGUCUGAGCAGGCUGGCCCUGCUGUCUUUAAGCCAGAGUCGCUGAUUUUUUGUUUGGAGUCUUACAUUCGCGCAGAAUGUCGUUUUGAAAACUAAACGUGACCUGUCUGAUGCAUGUUGAAACAUCCAGAGUUCAUAACGUCCAUUGGUCAAAACAUCAACAAUUACAACAUCCAGCGUUCAUCAUAUCUAAAAAUCACCGAACAUCCCUGGACAGGUGAGAAGCACAACAUCCAACCUCGCAGCAUCCAAAAUCGCAAUACUUAGGAUUCAUAACAUCCAGCGUUAAUGACGUCCAAAGGUUGGAGAAGAGUGCCAAUCAAAAGGUUAUGUGCUGAACAUCUUGCUUGCUGGCUAUAAAGAACAUUGGAUGCCAAGACUUUGGAUGUUGCGAGCUUAGAUGCCAUGACUUCCGCCAAUGGGCGAGGCAUUGGACGCACUUUGGAUGUUAUUAAUACUGGAUGUUGCAAUUUUGGAUGAUAUGAGCACUGGACACUACCAUCUUGGACGUUUUGAUGGCUUUCCGGAUUUUUAUUAUUGAAAAAUACGUAUUAAAGCAUCCAGUGUUCAUCAGUGCAAUGGCCAAAACGUCCAAAAUCGCAGCAUCCAGCGUUUACAAGAUCCAAAAAUCGUUCAAUAUCCCUGGACAGACGAAAAUCAUAACAUCCAGGCUCGCAGCAUCCAAAACCGGAACCUACGAAGUUCGUAACUUCGAGCCUCUAUCACGUCUAAAGGUUGGAGAACAAUACCAAUCAACGCUAGUCAACUGGAGGUCAAGGUCUUGGAUGUUACAUCGGAUGUUGCGAGUUUGGACGUUGCGAGCUUGCAUGCUAUGAACUCCGCCAAUGGGCACGGAACUGGACGCACUCUGGAUGAUACGAACGCUGGCUGUUUGCCGCUGGCUGGUUGCAAUUCGGAUAUGAGCGCUGGACGAGCACUAUGAGCGCAUGCGAUUUCUUCAUGGCUUACACAAGGAUGAUUAGAAGCGGACAUCUGCAACACAUAAAUCAAAACUAAUCGUUGUUCAUGUCCGUAGGAGUGCAAAGGCAAGCCGUAUCUUGGGCUAUGUGAAGCCAGGUAAAUCUGACUACUGGACAUGCGAGCGUGCACUGAUAUUGAGCGUAACAUGACUUGGAUACGUUUCAAAAUAUCACACAUGUUCCCA